AGUAUACAAAUCACGUUUUUUUUAUUCUGUGCAUCGUGAUUCGAAUUACGGAUCAAAUGUUAUAACACGAUAAUUGUUUUAGCAAAUUUAUAUGUACUUUCAUACAUAUUAAACGCGCGUGAAAUUUGUGAUAAGUUAUAAAAAAUUUAUCGAUAUAGACGACUGUAUUACAAAUUUAUAAGUUAAGCAUUACAGAAAGCUUAUACUAAUUUUGAGGUUAGACUGGAUAUUCCUUAAUUAUAUAAAAAUGUCCCAAUCAACAGAAAAUGUGAAGCUUGAAUCAAGCGAAGCGCAAGGUGAAGGUUCGCAAAGAAAAAAGCCAACCUGUAUUAUAGUUCUUGGAAUGGCUGGUUCUGGGAAAACUAGAUUUGUGCAAAGAGUUGUUUCUACUUUGUACAGUAUUAAAAAACCUUAUGUUAUCAAUUUAGAUCCAGCUUGUAAAGAAGUUCCUUAUCCUGCUAAUAUAGAUAUAAGGGAUACCGUUAAUUACAAAGAAGUUAUGAAACAAUAUGGCUUAGGUCCCAAUGGUGGUAUAGUUACAACAUUAAAUUUAUAUACUACAAAAUUUGAUCAAGUCAUGGAGUUUGUCGAUAAAGCGGGUAAAGAACAUGAUUAUGUGAUUUUUGAUACCCCAGGACAAAUAGAAGUAUUUACUUGGUCUGCAAGUGGUAGAAUUAUAACAGAAGCUUUGGCAUCUCAAUUUCCAACUAUUAUUGUAUAUGUGUUAGAUACAGCACGUAGUGUUAAUCCUGUUACAUUUAUGUCAAAUAUGCUCUAUGCGUGUUCCAUAUUAUAUAAAACAAAAUUACCAUUUAUUGUUGCUAUGAACAAGAUCGACAUCGUCAGUCACAGUUAUGCUGUUGAUUGGAUGCAGGAUUUUGAAGCUUUUCAUGACGCUCUUGAUUUUGAAACUAAUUAUAUCAGUAAUUUAACAAGAAGUAUGGCUCUUACUCUUGAUGAAUUUUAUUCUCAUUUACGUCAUUGCGGAGUUUCUGCUGUUACUGGGGAUGGUAUUAUCAAAUUUUUGGAACUUGUUGAAGAUGCGGUCAAAGAAUAUUAUAACGAGUACAAACCAAAUUUGGAGAAAUUGAAGCAACUGCGAGAAGUUCAGAGGAAAAAAAUUGAAAAGGAAGCUCUAGAAAAUGCUAAAAAAAGUGAUGAAGUGGAAACCACAUCAUUUGUAACAACCGUAAAGAGUGGUAGAGAAAUUUCAGAUAUAUAUCUAAAACAUGCUGGCAAUGAAUCGAGCGAGGAUGAGGAGGGCACAGAAAAUACUUACGAUGAUGAUGUUACAGAAAAGAAAGAGGUCGAAUCUUUCAAAACAUUUUUAGAAAGGCAUAAACAAGAACAAAUUAAUAAAAAAGUUACGAUUCAACAAGAAUAAUUUAGUACUAGUGAAAAUAUGUAGAUUAUAUUCUAUGUACAAAUGUCAUUAUUUUAUAUUUUAAAGUACAAAUGUACAUACAUAGUUUAUAUUUUACGUACAAAACAAAAAUAAUUCUUUUACUUUUUAAACUUUUAAAGUAUUCCUUUUAAUAAAACAUUGUUUCAAUUAGUCACUGUAAGGUAAUAUUUUAACAGAUAUAUAUAACAUAAUGUAAAGCACUCUUAUAUAUUAUGACAAUAUCAUUUUUUUAGAACAUUGAAUAAACUCAUUCGUAUAUGAAAAAAAAAAA